AUGGACGAGGCUCUUUUGAAUGCCACAGAGUUUUUAAAGAGGAUGGAGGCUCCUUUGAUGGAAUACCUUCGUAAUACGUUAGAGCAGCGCAUGGCAUUCAAAUUUAAUAUUGAUCUUUUCAAGGAGUUUAUAAAAAUAAUAGAUGAGGACAAUGAAAGUGUUGUGAGCAUCAAGUCUUUCAAUACCAAGAUGCAUGCAAUAUUGAGUGCUAAUGAGAUAGAGCCCGCGUUUAAUAAUAUGACGGCUCAAAUAGUGGAAAAAAUGGAAGGAUUUCAGGAGAAGGACAGUGGAUGGGCUUUAUUGAGGUUAACGCAUUGCGAAUUAAACCUAAAUGAGUUCAAACCACUGCGGGGAACGAAUUUUAUUCCAUCCCCAAAGUAUAUAGCCCAAAAACGUGCAUGUGUCAAUGUAAGAAAUAAAGAUAUUUAUUGCUUCAAGUGGAGCAUCAUUUCUGCCCUAUACCCCGUGAACACUCACUUGGAAAAAACAUCAUCAUAUGAAAUCGAUGAUAUCACAGAUAGUGUAAUAGUGCUAAAAAAUGGACGAAUUAUAAACUUUUGGGGGCUUGAUUUCCCCCUUAAAGUGAAAGACAUUAGUGUGUUCGAGGAGCUGAAUCCAUCAAUCAGCAUCAAUUUAUUUGGGUAUGAUUCAGAAAUUAAAAAGAUUAGAUUAGUACGAGAGCAACAAACAUCACACUGCUCAAAAAUAUUUAUAUGCAACAAAUGUCUUCAGCAUUUCUAUUCAACUGAAAAGCUGAAGAGUCAUGAAAACGAUUGCAGCAAAAUUGUAGCGAAAAUGGUGUCCCCGGAGAAAUCAACGUUGGAGUAUAGACAUUUCGAGAGACAAACAGAUGUGCCUUUUGUAGUCUAUGCAGAUUUCGAAUGUCUACUUCAAGAUAUUCAAAGUUGUCAGCCAGAUCCAGCAUCAGCGUCAACAACAACUCUUCAAGAGCAUAUACCGUGUGCUUUUGCUUACUAUAUUAAGUGUUGUUACGAUUCUAAUUUAAUUAAUUCGUUAGUAUCUGAUUUAAAAUGGUUCUAUAUAAAUCAUAUUCAGAAACCCAAAUCGUCAAAUACUUUGACUUUAGAUGAGGAAAAAACGCAAAGAGAAGCAACUCUAUGUUGCAUUUGGUAUGAUUGUUAUUUGUUUGUCAAGGAGCUGGCAAGCAUUGAUGGAGAUAUUUCAAUAAUACCCAUUAAUAAGGAACUAUUCAUGCAUAGCAGUCUUGAUGCACUCGUAAACAAUCUGGCUCAUAAAGAUUUGAAAACUGUUUCAGGGGUAUAUGGAGAUAGCGAAAAACUCAGUCUUCUUACGCGAAAGGGUGUGUUUCCUUAUGAAUAUAUAAACUCUUGGGAUCGACUUAAUGAAACUUCUCUACCAUCUCGAGAGAAAUUUUUCAAUAAGAUGUCAAACACUGAGUGCAAAGAAGCAGAUUAUCAACAUGCGCUCAAUGUUUGGAAGCAAUUCAAUUGUGGUGUUAUGUGGGACUAUUUGGAGUUGUAUCUGAAAACAGAUGUUUUGCUUCUAACAGAUGUUUUUGAAAAUUUUCGAAAUGUUUGUAAAAAUAUAUAUGGACUUGAUCCUUGUCAAUAUUAUACGACUCCUGGCUUAUCAUGGGAUGCCAUGCUUUAA